AUGACACCAUCAUGUCAUGGAUUGGAGUGGGUUUCCUUCGAGGACCCGGGGGGGGGGGUGCUACACACUUUAGGGCUACCCCGCCGUGUCCGCUUCUCCGACCCCAUUCCCCCGGCCGGUCCAGCCCAUCAACCAGAGUCCCGACUUGACACGCACGUCUUUGUGCGGCUCCUCAAGAUCAUUGUCACCGUCGACAGCGCCCCCAUGCAUCCACCCCAGCGGCAGGAACUAGUAUGGAACAACCGGUCAAAGGGAUGGAGGCUGGCUGGCGAGAGGAGCGAGCGGAACAUCGGAGAUGUUGGCGAGCUGUUCGACGACGGGCCUGCAAACGGCUCGCUUAGGGUCAUUCUUGCACCUACAUUGCAUCGAGGGGCCCGGGAGCCAGUCGAGGUCUCGUGGGAUGCGUCGAGGUGCUGCUUUCAGGGUCAGAGUCAGGACGGUGGGUGUUUAGCCGUGGCCCUCGGCGAGAUGAAAGACAUGGUCAAAGACCCGUGGGCUAGACAGUUCACUGCUUAUGGCCUCUGA